AGGAUGAUUACAAGGAGGAAGAAAAAGAGGAAACUGAGGACACAGCAGACUUUUUGGGCGAGCUGUUCCGGAAAGUGAAAAAGCAGGAAAAUACACAAGAAGAGAAACGUUCUUGGGAUGGUGUGGAGAGCACCCGCUGUACGUUCACAGAGACUGAUGCCCUCAUCAAGGAUGAGGAGAUUAUGGACCUGAUAAAAGACUGUUUUGUGACCGGAAAAUGGGGUGAAGAAGAGGAUGCCCAGGCAUUGUUGGAAAAAGAUGAGGAACUCUAUGGUGACUUUGAAGAUCUUGAAGCAAAAGAAAAGGAAGGCCAAGAACAAGUGGAGACUGCAACCAUGGAGCAGAGUGGAGAGGAGUCUAGUGGCAGAAGUAAGAAGCUUAGCAGGGAAGAGCGUGAUGCGCAGUUAGAGGCCAAGCGACAGGAGCGAAAGCGAAAGCUCAAGGAAGCCUUUGACAGCGAAUAUGACCAUGAAGAUGAAAAGACCCACUUUGACGAGCUCAAGAAAGAAUUCAGCGAGCAGGCACAGCUGAACCAGAAAGAAUUUGAAGACCUUGAGGAUGAGCGAAGGGUCCAGUUUGAGGGCUUCCGUGCGGGCCUAUACCUUCGUGUGGAGCUGCUGCGGAUGCCGUGUGAACUGGUGGAGCACUUUAAUGCCUCGUACCCCAUGAUCCUCGGUGGCCUGAGUGUUGGAGAGGGCCGUACAGGCUACUGCCAGGUUCGCAUGAAGAAGCAUCGUUGGUACAAGCGGAUCCUCAAGAGCAGUGACCCACUCAUUCUCUCACUUGGGUGGCGACGUUUCCAGACCAUGCCAGUGUUUUCUACACAGGACCACAAUGGUCGUAACCGCUUUCUAAAGUACACACCAAAGCAUCUUCACUGCAAUGCUACCUUUUGGG